GCUUCCGGUCGGGCUGUGCUUGCGCGCGUGAGCGGAGCCGGUGGGUGAAUUGCGGCCACUGCAGUUGGGCGGCGGGAGCAGGUUAAGAGAUCUGAUUAUCAUGGACCUGCGGCAGUUUCUUAUGUGCCUGUCCCUGUGCACAGCCUUUGCCUUGAGCAAGCCCACAGAAAAGAAGGACCGGGUACACCAUGAGCCUCAGCUCAGCGACAAGGUUCACAAUGACGCUCAGAGCUUUGAUUAUGACCAUGAUGCCUUCCUGGGUGCUGAAGAAGCAAAGACCUUUGAUCAGCUGACACCAGAAGAGAGCAAAGAAAGGCUUGGAAUGAUUGUAGAUAAAAUAGACGCGGAUAAAGAUGGGUUUGUGACGGAGGGGGAGCUGAAAUCCUGGAUUAAGCACGCCCAGAAGAAAUACAUAUAUGACAAUGUUGAAAACCAAUGGCAGGAGUUUGAUAUGAAUCAAGACGGCUUAAUCUCCUGGGAUGAGUACAGAAACGUGACUUAUGGCACUUACCUGGAUGAUCCAGACCCUGAUGAUGGAUUUAAUUAUAAACAGAUGAUGGUUAGAGAUGAGCGGAGGUUUAAAAUGGCCGACAAGGAUGGAGACCUCAUUGCCACAAAGGAGGAGUUCACAGCUUUCCUGCACCCUGAGGAGUAUGACUACAUGAAAGAUAUUGUAGUACAGGAAACAAUGGAGGAUAUAGAUAAGAAUGCUGAUGGUUUUAUUGAUCUAGAAGAGUAUAUUGGUGACAUGUACAGCCACGAUGGAAAUGCUGAUGAGCCCGAAUGGGUAAAGACAGAGCGAGAGCAGUUUGUGGAGUUUCGAGAUAAGAACCGAGAUGGAAAGAUGGACAAGGAAGAGACCAAAGACUGGAUCCUCCCCUCAGACUACGAUCAUGCAGAGGCAGAAGCCAGGCACCUGGUCUAUGAAUCAGACCAGAACAAGGAUGGCAAGCUUACCAAGGAGGAGAUUGUUGACAAGUAUGAUUUAUUUGUGGGCAGCCAGGCCACAGAUUUUGGCGAGGCCUUAGUACGACAUGACGAGUUCUGAGCUGCAGGCAGGAGCCCGCCUCUCUUCAAAAGUAAUUUAUUUUUACAGCUUCGGGUUUCACAUGAGAUUGUUUUCGCUACUGAGACUGUUAUCACAGACUUUUCAGAUGUGAAAAGGCGUAACAAAAACCAUCCCGUCCCCAUUCCCCCUCCUCCCCCAGGGACUGGAGGGGACCUGUGCUUCUGAUGAACAACUCUAAUCAUUACACUUGUGUUUGUAGAGUUACACUUUGUAUUAUGUAUAACACGUGGUGUUUAUUUUUGUAUUUGUUCUCUGGUUGGGAGGAUGAUAUGAAGGAUCGAGGUCCUCACCUCACACUUGUAGGCAAACAUUAGUCCUUCACUCUUUCUCAACCCUUUAUAAGUUUUGUAAUUCUUACUUAACUAAUUUUUAAGCCUGAGAUCAGUAAGAAAUGAUAAGGGGAGAGAAAAGGAAAAACACACCUCACAGUUUCUAUUUAGAGAGCUAACACCUACCCUUGCCUAUCUGAGAGUGUAACAUUUCACAAGUUGUGGGGGCCACACGUUCCAUUCAGUUGCUGCGGAUCCAGCAACUGAUCCUGGCAUCAUCUGGGCAAGGAAUGAUCCCUGUGCUGUAAGAAACCUUGGCUCAAAUUGAUUUUCUUUUUUAUUUUUUUCCCCCUAGGAGUAUCCAUUUGCUAAUUUUGUCGAGCACAGCUGUGGUGGGAAGAGUUAGGGCCAGUGUCUUGAAAAAUCAAUCAAGUAGUGAGUGUGAUCUCUUUACAGAGCUAUAGAUAGAAACAGCUGGAAAACUAAAGGAAAAAUGCAAGUGCUUUCCGGGUGUACAUUUUUUCUCUGGGUGUGCAUCUUUUGAAAUGCUUGAGGUUGUCUUGCCCCUGGCAAUCACUGUCAGCCGCCCAGCCUGGCUCCUCUUUCCCCAGGUGUUCAGUUGAACCGAAGAAUCAAUCUUGUUUUCACUGCAAUUAAAAUCUACUCCUCCCCAAUCAUGUCACUGAAAGUGCCUUUAACUGACAGGAGAAAUGAUCACUGAAUGAGAUUCUCUUAAGAAACCCUAAAGAUAAAAUAGGGAGAAGAUUAUUUGGACCACCUCAUAUGAAAGCUUAGAACCUCCCAAUACGGUGGGGUUUUUUUCCCCUUCCCUUUGUCUUUUGGACAGUGGUUAAAUAGCAGUAUUAGUUAAGAGCUCGGGUGCAGUGUUCUCAUCUUAAGGGCUGGUUUCCAAAAACCACAUGCUGCUGAAUUUACCAGGGAUCCUCAUACCUCAGAAUGCAAACCACUUACUACCAGGCCUCUUAUUGUGCUGGCUGGCGAGCUGGAGCUCAGACUCGAAGAUGAGAGGACCCGCAGAGAGGGCUCUUUGGUUUGAGGACCAUUGCUCACCCUUCCUGCCUGCCUUUGAAUCAUCUCCAUUCUCCCAUCUCCCUCUGCUCCCCUCAAAUGCUUGUUAUGGAUUGACAGGUUGUCAGUCCUUAUCAGAGAGAAGGAUGUUGUAGAAAGAGCUGAAGGACCGCCCUUCUUCCCAACUCCACUUCACCUACAUUUUACAGAACAUGAACUCCAUCUUCUUUGGUCCCUUUCUUACAGAUGGACCGCUUUUGAAAAAGUUAUUGUAUUCUAAGUUUUUAAUCCUCAGGUCACUAAGAUAAGCAUAUGUAUAUAUAGCCUUUACUAUUUCAUGUAUCUUUCUGGAUAAUAAGGUGGUGCUGGGUGAUUAUUAUAAUCUGAACCUAGGUACAUCUUUGGUCUUCCAUACCUGCUUGGUAUGGUGAAAAGCCAAGUAUCAUGUAACUUCACCACAGCCUUUGAAUUGAGCUCUUGAUAGUGGGUAUACCUUUUUCUUUUUUUAAAAAAAAGUUUAACCCCAGUAUAGAGAAAGGGAAAUGAAGUUCUCCGCCCUCUAGAUUCCCACUUUUAAGAAGACCAGAGAUAAUAGUUCCAUGCCCCCAACCCUGACUUCGUUUGAGAGGGCACAUCAUGAGCUAUGUGGCAAGAGAGCCCACAGCUCACUAGGUGCAUAGAAGCCAGGCCUUAGUCACCCACUUAGAAAGCAGACCUUACUCUGCCAAGACGGCAACUUCUGGAUGCUGGGAGCUCAGCAGCGAGCAUUUAAUCUCUCUCGAUGUCCCUGGAUUAUAUUUUUGGUUUAAAUCAAGCCUGAGGCUGGUGAACAGUAGCUACACACCCACACUGUGUGUUCUGUGAAUGCUAGCUCUCUUGAAUUUGCAUACUGGUUAUUUUUGAUAGAGUGUAAACCAAGUUUUAUAUUCUGUAAUGCAAACAGGUACCUAUCUGUUUCUAAAUAAAACUGUUUACAUUCGUUGUGGGGAUGUGUGUCUUCAUUCUCUAAGAACUGGAACUCUUGCUCAGAAGUGUCGGUGCUGUGAAAUGUCACAGAAAGAGAGCUCUCCAGGAGGUUUACCAUACUCUCCCCUGCCCCCACCAAGCCCAGAGAAAUUAUGACUGUCUCCCAAGUUGGCUACUUUCCUCCCAUUUCUGAAAUCUUCUAGGAUCCUUCUCACCACCGCUGUAGCCCUUCUCUGCUUCACUUAGGCCAUAUGACUGGAGAGCAGCCCAGCUGCUCAUUAGGUAAUUAUCUGAUACCAAACACAAGCCACUCCUGGGUGCAAACACAAUGUUCGUCUUGAUUUUUAUUUCAAAAAGGCUCUUUUUUGAAGGGAGUGGGAGGGAUAUAGAAUAUAAUGUAAAACAGCUUUUUAAGCAUUUUUAUAUAAACUAGUAAAAAUAUUAAAAGGUGCAAAUUCAAGUACAUGUAGGAAGUUAAACUGUUAACUUUAGGAAAUAACAUAACUUAAGACGGAUAUAUAGGUUUAGACAAAUUGGGAGGAGGGUUCCUGGAAUAAUUCGUGCUGGCUCAGGGGCUUAUGGGCAUGACUGUCCCUGUCCAGACUAGCAAUUAUUGGCAGAGAGAGCAUAAAGAAGUUGUUUCAAACUCAUAUUUAGGGCUUACUAAAGGAUUUUGUUUUUUCUUUAUAUCUUGCCUAUUUCUAAGGUGUUUUCUUAAGUUUGUUCUAAUUCAGAAUACCGUCAUCUCAGCAGAUUCCCAGAAGUAAAAAAAAGUUACUAAAAACAUUUUCUCCAUACACUGAAAUAAGAUCAGCUAUACUUCUUAACUGCAUUGUAUAUAGAAAUCGGUUCUCCAAUGGCUGUGAAUGGUGCCACUUUGGAGUAGAAACUGAUGAUUGUUUAAAUGGUCUUUGCAGUGGUCUCAAGUAAUCCAAGCUGGAAGCAGUAGCUCUGUGGGCAGGAAGGAAAUAA